AUGGACGCUGUCCUACAAAAUUUUUUCCAAAAUGUAUUUGAAGUGAGUGAUUUAAUUUUGCUUUUUUCGGCGCUUUCGCUUGCUUUUAAGUUACACAAUUUACCAGAAACUGCUCUAAACUACUGUGAUAAUAUACGGCUCACACCGAAAGGAUUAGCUGAAGAGUAUUACGACAAAGUUGAAAAACUUAUCGAGCUGAAUUCUUUCAUGAUUCAUCCGAUAUCCAUUGAAGUAUUGCAGCACCUUGUUCUUCACGCAGCGAAGGAUUUUCUGGAUCCUUCACCCGAAAAAAUUUUGAAUUUAACCAGGGCUAUUCAUUAUUUGGACGGUAUAAUUUCAGAAGGAUCUCACAGCUCCGCAACUCCCGAGGAGAUUUGGAAAUUGACAAUGACUUUAAAAAAUAUUGACUCGUUGGUCUGCAUUUUCUUUCAAACUUCUCCUUUUAUGCAAAAAGACAUCGUUGAAGCGCAACUAGUUCGACUCAAUAACAGCUUCUCCGAAACCAUGUUCCAAAAACUCCUCAAUUCAUUAUGCAACCAAGGUCUGGCAAUGUAUAAAAGUGCUAGAUAUCUAUCCGUCGAGGAAUACAUUCAUAAUGUCAACGAAAAUGAGGUUAAAAUAUCAUUAUUAUUAAUGGAAAUCGACUUGAAGGCGUAUACACCUCAAAAUCCAAUGUCGAAAAUUCAAUGUUUCUUCUUGAAAUAUGUAUUAUGGACACUGAAAGUACUUCUGUAUCAACCGGUUAUAACUUUGAGUGAUGAAGAUUUUGAUAAAGUACAAUUGUUGAAAGAAAAAUUAGCUGAAUCACUCGUCUACUGCUUCCGAUUAAGUAUGGAUUCCUUCCAGGAAAUAUGCGAAGUUGGCGCACCAUCAUUUUUCUUUUUUGACACUCUAAAAAAGAUAUUUUCGCUUUUGUUUUGUCGAAACGAAAAGUAUUCAUACAGAAAUGAGUUAUUUGAAUCGAUGAAAUUGAUGAAACAGCUAGCCCUAAAAAUAGAUUUAGCGUAUUCUCUGAAGAUCAUCGACGAUCUAACUACAAUUAGUAACUGUGUUUAUCAAAAAGAUUAUACGAAAGCUGGAGAUCUUGGUGAUUUUGAGGCAAUCGACUCUGAAAUAGAUCAUUUUUGUGAGUUUCUUUUUUCGAAUUUUUACGAAAACUCUUUUUCAUCUAUUUAA